AUGCCACAAUCUUUGAACAUCAGCACUUCAACAUCAGGGUCCGUGAAGCGACAGAGAUCGCAGGAGUUGCCCAAUAAUGCGGCUGGCCCAUCCACUUCCAACUCAAGGUCUUCAACCGAGUCCGCUGGUGAGAGCGGUAACUCCAGCCAGCGGAAUCUCGCCAAGGUGCCGGCGUAUCUAGACAAGGAUCGAGCAAGGAUCACGGCUGCCUUUGCCGAUAUUGGGUGGAAAGAACGAUAUCGUUUGCAAGAUGCCCUUCAAAACCCGGAGUCCUCUCCAUAUCGCUUGGAUCGGUCGCUUGCUGUGAUAAGCCGUAAUCGAUACAAGGAUGUCCAGCCUUGGGACUUGUCAAGAAUUAGGCUAAAGAAGCCCAUUGGGGGAUCUGACUAUGUCAAUGCUUCGCCCAUCAGGCUCUCUGGUCGCUUACUGCAAGAAAAAAUGCGCAAGGAACACCCUACUUCGCAUGCUCUGGAGAACACUUCGCCUGAUGGAUCCUCCGACCCUGUAUACAGGUAUAUUGCCACUCAAGGUCCGAAAGAAGGCCAAUUUUCCCACUUCUGGCAUAUGGUUCUGCAAGAAACCACGGGUGAUGUCGGGGCGAUUGUGAUGCUCACUCAGCUAUAUGAAGGUGCAAGAGAGAAAUGCGCACAAUACUUUCCCUGGGAUAUGGAACAUCCCAUAAUCAGUCUCCCAGCGCAUGAAGAGGGCAAUGGAGACGCCCCUGGAGACAAAGCGAGUGAUGGUGAUCCUUUCUCUGAUAUCCCUAAAUUGAGCGCCGAUACUGAUAGCGUCGAAACAGAUGCCGAGUCUCCAGAUUCAAACACACGACAGGAAACCGCAGGUGGAGCGCAAAGUCAGUGUGGCACAGUGACAUUGUUGUCCCUCAAUUAUGACGCAACAGUCAGGUGUGAGGUGCGACAGUUGCAAUUGACCAUUGGAGAUGAAUCAAAGGUCAUUUAUCAUUACUUGUUCAACGGCUGGCCGGAUUUCGGGAAACCAGAAGCCGAAGACCGUAGGGCGCUGGUGGAAUUGAUCAAGGUGUCCAAGAAGGUAGCUGGCGACUCUCCACGGAUCGUCCACUGUUCAGCAGGGGUUGGUCGCACCGGCACUUGGAUAGCCCUGGACUUCCUUCUUCAUGAAUUGGACGCUGGCAGGCUCGUAGAGCCACCUUCGGAUUACAUUACAGCCAGAGCCCCCCCGAAAUCAAAUGGUACUUGGGGUAGGAGUGGACCGCCUAAAGCGACGACUCCGGAUUUUCAGGAGGAAGCCGACCUCAUCUGGGAGACGGUCAACACCUUGCGCGAACAACGGAUGAUGAUGGUCAUCAAUGAAUUGCAGUACAGCUUCCUUUAUGAAGUCCUGAAGGACGCCUUCAUCGAGAAGUAUGGUGCAAAAGAAACCGGCCCGGUCGUGUCCGAAGCGCGUGAACCCAGCCCAAAGGUGGCACGUAAGAAGUCGCCAUUCGGUGGGAUGUUUGAGGGUACCAGAGUCGGUGAGGUCAAGGGCACGGAGGACACCGUGUCAGAGAGCGGUGGACCGUCUGAUGCCGAGACUGAGAUUCUGGAGAGGGACAGGAAGGGAGUGGACCCGGACGCAGAAGCAGAAGCAGAAGAUCCCUACGCCGCUGUUGCUCCGGAGACGAUCAGGGAGGGACUGACCAAGGAUAAUCAAAUGGAGGUUGAAGGGCAUGAAGUACGGUGA